UGACCCCUGUGGCUGUGAAGUGAUUUCCAGAAUGUAUGGUGGUCAAUGAUGGCGGUGGGUGAACAGCUGUAGGAGGGGCUUUGUCAGAUAAGGAUGGCAUUAGGUAAAGCCAUUAGUGUCCUGUGGAUUAUUGUAAUCCAGCCUCUCUAUCACGGCUGACUCGGUUGCUCAGUGUACAGUCAGUGUCGUCUGGUUUGGAGCAGGUUGGAAGAUGGCUCUCUACGUGCAGUGUUCCCUGGUGGCCCUGCUUCUUCUGGGAGCUAACGUGUUCAUCAGCACUCACGCUCAAGAGGCGGGAGUGUCUGAGGCGUGGACCAGCAGGUCUUGCAAAUGUGAUUGUGAAGGAGGAGAAGCCCCAACUGAGUUUUCCUCCAUUGGGACUGGCUCUUCCAUGGUGCGAGGAGUGGACUGCAUGCCAGAAUGUCCGUACCACAAGCCUCUGGGCUUUGAGGCCGGAUCGGUGAGUCCAGACCAGAUCACCUGCUCCAACGAGGACCAGUACACCGGCUGGUUCUCCUCAUGGCUCCCGGGAAAGGCCCGGCUCAACAGCCAGGGCUUCGGGUGUGCCUGGCUGUCUAAGUUCCAGGACAGCAAUCAGUGGAUGCAGAUCGACCUGAGGGAAGUGAUGGUGGUGUCGGGGAUCCUCACUCAGGGCCGCUGUGACGCUGAUGAGUGGAUCACCAAGUACAGCGUUCAGUACCGCACAGACGAAAAACUCAGCUGGAUCUAUUACAAAGACCAGACUGGAAACAACAGGGUGUUUUACGGAAACUCUGACCGCUCCUCGUCUGUGCAGAACCUCCUGCGGCCGCCCAUCGUGGCGCGCUACAUCCGCAUCCUCCCCCUUGGAUGGCACACACGCAUCGCUCUACGUCUGGAGCUGCUGCUCUGCAUGAGCAAAUGCACUUGAACCUUUCCUCCCCGCCAUCCCCGAGGCCUUGUCCCAAAACCUUAUCUACACCUAAAUCGCCCUAUCGUCAAAGUGUGCGGUCUGUUAUUGUAUCCACAGAUUUGGCCCCCUCCAGCUACAUGUAUUAAACCACAAGUUGAAGACAAAAACAUUCUGUUUUUAAAAUACAAACAAACCAGUUUGACUUAUGUGAUUUCAUUAAAAAUAUUUGUUUGAUGUGCUAAA